AUGGAAAACUUGAAGCGGAGAAGGGUAGUGGAAGAUGCAAAAUGCAAGGCAUGUCUCGCGGCUGAGGAAGAUACUCUCCACGCUAUUUGGAGUUGCGAGAAGCUUCAACAUAUUUGGUUCCCCUGUUUCAGCUGGGUCCAAACAGAGCAUCCGCAAAUUCCAGAGGUACAGGAGCUUAUUUCUUUGGUCGGACAACGGAGUGACAAGCUGGAACUUUUUGCGGUGGUGGCGUGGUUUAUAUGGAAUCAUAGGAAUAGGUUGCGCUUGAAUGAAAAGGGUUUAGCCUCGGACAGAAUUCUACAAGCGGCAAUGACAUAUCUUACGGAGUUUCAAGCUAAGCUCCCCAAGGCCGCCCCAAAACCAUCUAAGGGCCAUGUACGGUGGUGUCCUCCUAUGGGUGAACGGUUUAAGACAAAUUACGAUGGGGCUGUGUUCUCUGAAUCGGGAGAGGCUGGUAUCGGGGUGGUGGUUCGGAAUGCAAAGGGUGAGGUAAUAGCUGCUCUUGCCGAGAAGAUUCUGUAUCCGGGUUCGGUGGAAAUGCUGGAAGCUUUGGCUGCGAGAAGGGCGGUUAAUUUCAUUGUAGAGCUGGGCUUUGCAGGUUCGGAAUUUGAGGGAGACUCGGAAGUUGUGUGCAGAGCUUUGAGGUCUACAGAGUCAGGCCAUUCAUCCAUCGGCCAGAUUGUAAAAGACAUUAUGUCUAUUAUUGGUUCACUUAGUUUUUUCUCUUUCUCUCAUAUUAGGCGGCAGGGCAAUUGUGUGGCCCAUGCUUUGGCUAGGAGAGCUAUAGUUUCGUUUCCGUUAUUAGUUUGGAUGGAGCAUGUUCCAUCUGAUAUUGAACCUUUUGUUAUUGCAGAUAUUCCGGGUAGUCAAUAA